CGUUCUGGAUCCAGACCAGUUGUGCUGCCCCCGAUGUUGCUUUCUCAAUAAGACCUUCAGUCACAACAUUAGAGGGAUUCUGUCUCGGUCCUCAUCACGUUAUUCCGUUUGACCAUAUAGAUACCAUGACAGUAAAGAUACUCCUCGUCCUUGCGGUGAACUUUGCGUAUUUAGCUGUUAAAGGAAACUUGGUUGAUGGCGACCAAACCUUCUCCAUAGAUUACAAAAACAAUUGUUUCCUCAAGGAUGGAAAGCCCUUUCAGUACAUAUCUGGCAGCAUUCACUACUCCAGAAUCCCCCGCUACUACUGGAAAGACCGACUGGUCAAGAUGUACAUGGCUGGACUCAAUGCAGUCCAGAUAUAUGUGCCGUGGAACUUCCACGAGCCAGUGAAGGGGGAGUAUAACUUCAGCGGGGACAGGGACUUGGUGCAUUUCUUGGACCUCGCCAAUCAGACGGGACUUCUGGUGAUCCUGCGGCCUGGGCCUUACAUCUGUGCAGAAUGGGAGAUGGGCGGGCUUCCGGCGUGGCUCCUCGAGACACCAAACAUCUUACUCCGCUCGUCCGACACGGAUUACCUGCAAGCUGUCAGCAACUGGAUGAACAUCCUCCUGCCCAAAGUGAGGCCGUGGCUGUACAGCAACAAGGGAAACAUCAUCAGCGUUCAGGUGGAGAACGAGUACGGGAGCUACCACGCCUGCGACUACAACUACAUGCGGACCCUGCGGACCAUAUUCCGCUACUUCCUGGGCGCGGACACGCUGCUCUUCACCACAGACGGAAACACGGAGAGGGCGUUGUCCUGCGGCUCUCUUCAGGGCCUGUACGCCACCAUCGACUUCGGCACUGAUACCAACAUAACGACAGCCUUCCGACUACAAAGGAGGUUUGAACCCCACGGGCCUCUUGUCAACUCUGAGUUCUACACAGGGUGGCUGGACCACUGGGGGGAGGUCCAUGCAGGGGUCGACAAAUGGAAUGUCAGCAAAGCGCUCCGGGAGAUGCUGGCGUUGGGAGCCAGUGUCAACAUGUACAUGUUCGAAGGAGGCACUAACUUUGGCUACUGGAACGGCGCCGACCACGACACGCGGUUCCGCUCGGUGGUGACCAGCUACGACUACGACGCCCCGCUGACCGAGGCCGGGGACCCCACGGAGAAGCUGCUGCUCAUCAGGGACGUCAUCAAGCAGUUCAGAGAUGUUCCAGCUGGACCCAUGCCACCAGCCACCCCCAAGUUUGCCUAUGGCUUCGUGACCCUGGGAAAGGUUGGAAACAUCCCCAGUCUCCUGGACCUGUUCUCACCCCAAGGGCUCAUUAAAUCACAGUACCUGCUGACCUUUGAGGAGAUGAAGCAGUACUAUGGAUAUAUGCUGUAUCGGACCAAACUGCCCAGGGAGCUUUGGGAGCCGACUCCACUCAUAUCUCCUCUGAAUGGAGUUCACGACCGCGCCUACGUCACCAUCAAUGGGGUGUUCCAGGGCAUUCUGGAGAGGGACACUGCCCUGGUUCUGAAGGUUUCCGGGAAGCAGGGAGACACCAUGGACCUCCUAGUGGAGAACAUGGGCAGAGUGAACUUUGGCAGCAAAAUCAAUGAUCACAAGGGCAUCUUGGGCGACCUGUUACUUGGUAGUGAUGUGCUGACCAACUGGGAGAUCUAUACUUUGGACCUGGACGGAGCCAUCGCUGAUGGAUGGCCCCACUCUGAGGCACGCCGGUUCCCCCCGGCCAGCGGGAAGGGACCCCCGGCUGGGCCCAUGUUCUACAUGGGAACCCUGCAGCCUAACGGAGUGGCAAGGGACACCUUCCUCCAGCUCAACGAUUGGUCGAAGGGUCAGGUGUGGAUCAACGGGGUGAAUCUGGGCCGGUACUGGUCCAGCAGGGGGCCUCAACAGAGUCUGUACGUCCCAGGGCCGCUACUCAGCGCCACCCAGCCCAACAACAUCACCGUACUGGAGCUGGAGGCGGCGCCGGAGCGCCCCAGAGUCCUGUUCAUGGACCGGCCACACCUCAACAGGACCGUCAGCAGGUCCGGAGGCUCCGUGGGCGUCGGAUCACGGCACCCAGGACGUCAUGAUCUGGGUGACGGCGUUUCAAUUCAUGGUCAUGUGGAAAGGACGACGCACCGGGAACGAUCGAUACUUCUCUGAAUGUCUGAUUUAGGAUGAGAACGAUGGAUCGAACACAUUGAUGGUCACAUUAGUGUGUUUAAAUCAUUACCCAUCAGUGUUUCCAGUGUUUGAUACCGCUCAAAUCAGUGUAAAGAUGCUUUGACUCUCAAAAUGUGUUAAAUAUCUAAAAGGUAAAGCUUGUCAUCAUGCAAAGUACUUUCAGAACAAUAGUAUUUUUGAAAUAUAUUUUUUAUUGCUUGCUCUUUGCAUUUCAUACAAACAGUAAAAUAAAUUAUUUUUUUGCUUUU